UUUCUGCAUGACUGGGUCUGCACUUACUGCUCAGGCUCAAAUUGGCUUAAAAAGGAGAACUGACUGGGAGAAGGGACCAAGUGUGCCAGGAAAGAAAAGGACACCCAGCUUGGUUUGAACAGGCUCUCCAGUUUCUGCUCCAGAUCACAAAGGCCAAACAUCCAUAAGACUCUCUCAGCUCGAAACAGGACCUGAGCAGCACCAUGGGACUGCCCAGCCGGCUUUUGGCCUGUGCCAUCCUCGCCCUGCUGUGCCAGCACGUCACGGGGGGACUCAUCAAGAGAAUCAUCCGGCACAAGCGGGAGACGGGGCUCAACGUGACCCUGCCAGAGGACAACCAGCCUGUGGUUUUUAACCAUGUCUACAACAUCAAGCUGCCUGUGGGCUCCCUCUGCUCCGUGGACCUGGACUCGGCGAGCGGCGACGCGGACCUGAAGGCGGAAAUCGAGCCGGUCAGGAAUUCCGAGGAGCACACGGUGAACGAGGGGAACCAGAUCGUCUUCACGCACCGAAUUAACAUUCCCCGGCGGGCCUGUGGCUGUGCAGCUGCCCCAGACAUUAAGGAUCUGCUGAGCAGACUAGAGGAGCUGGAGGGGCUGGUAUCCUCCCUCCGGGAGCAGUGUGCCAGCGGCGCUGGAUGCUGUCCCAAUUCCCAGGCAGUGGAAGGCCGCCUGGACACCACCCCUUACUGCAGCGGGCACGGCAACUACAGCCUGGAGAUCUGCGGCUGCGUGUGCGAGCCGGGCUGGAAGGGCCCCAACUGCAGCCAGCCCACCUGUCCCUCCGACUGCAACGACCAGGGCAAGUGCGUGGACGGGCUCUGCGUGUGCUUCGAGGGCUACACGGGCCCGGCCUGCGGCGAGGAGCUCUGCGCCCCGGGCUGCGGCGCCCACGGGCGCUGCGUGGGCGGGCGCUGCCUGUGCCACGAGGGGUUCACCGGCGAGGACUGCGCCGAGCCCCUGUGCCCCAACAACUGCCACGGCCGCGGGCGCUGCGUGGACAGCGAGUGCGUGUGCGAGGAGGGCUUCACCGGGGAGGACUGCGGCGAGCUCAUCUGCCCCAACGACUGCUUCGACCGCGGGCGCUGCCUCAACGGGACGUGCCUGUGCGAGGAGGGCUUCACCGGGGACGACUGCGGGGAGCUCAGCUGCCCCAACGACUGCCACGGCCACGGGCGCUGCGAGAACGGGCUGUGCGUGUGCCACGAGGGCUUCGUGGGCGACGACUGCGGCGAGAGGAGGUGCCCCAACGACUGCCACCACCGCGGGCGCUGCGUGGAGGGGCAGUGCCAGUGCCACGAGGGGUUCCUGGGCGAGGACUGCGCCGAGCUGCGCUGCCCCAGCGACUGCCACGGCCGCGGGCGCUGCGUGGGCGGGCAGUGCGUGUGCGACCAGGGCUUCAUCGGCGAGGACUGCGGGGAGCUGCGCUGCCCCCAGGACUGCAGCAGCCGCGGGCUCUGCGUGAACGGGCAGUGCCAGUGCCACGAGGGCUUCACCGGGGACGACUGCGGGCAGCUGCGGUGCCCCAGCGACUGCCACGGCCGCGGGCUGUGCGUGAACGGGCAGUGCGUGUGCGACGAGGGCUUCACCGGCGAGGACUGCGGGGAGCUGCGCUGCCCCCAGGACUGCCACCACCGCGGGCGCUGCGUGGAGGGGCGCUGCGAGUGCGACAACGGCUUCACCGGGGAGGACUGCGGCGAGCUGGCCUGUCCCAACGACUGCCACCAGCGUGGGCUCUGCGUGGACGGGCGCUGCGUGUGCCAGGAGGGCUUCGUGGGCGAGGACUGCAGGGAGCGGGCCUGUCCCAGCGACUGCAGCAACGCCGGGCGCUGCGUGGAUGGGCAGUGUGUCUGCGAGGACGGGUACAUGGGCGAGGACUGCGCUGGUGUGUCUCCUCCAACUGAGCUGACGGUGACGAACGUGACGGAUAAAACUGUCAACCUGGAAUGGAAACAUGAGAAUCCUGUCAAUCAGUACCUGGUCACCUACGUCCCCACCAGCAGUGGGGGGUUGGACAUGCAGUUCACUGUGCCAGGAAACCAGACAGCUGCCACCAUCCACGAGCUGGAGCCGGGCGUGGAAUAUUUUAUCCGUGUCUUUGCCAUCCUUAAAAACAAGAAGAGCAUCCCAGUCAGUGCCAGGGUAGCCACAUAUCUCCCUGCUCCAGAAGGUCUGAGGUUCAAAUCUGUCCGAGAAACGUCCGUCCAGGUGGAGUGGGACCCUCUGAACUUUUCUUUUGAUGGCUGGGAGCUGGUCUUCCGUAACAUGAAAAAGGAUGAUAAUGAAGACAUAACCAGCAGCUUGAAAAGGCCAGAGACAUCUUACAUGCAGCCAGGUUUGAUACCUGGGCAACAGUACAAUGUGUCCAUUCAUGUAGUGAAGAACAACACCAGAGGGCCUGGACUGUCCAAAGUGAUAACAACAAAGCUUGAUGCCCCCAGUCAGAUCGAGGCAAAAGACGUCACAGACACCACAGCCCUCAUCACAUGGUCCAAACCCUUGGCUGAAGUAGAAGACAUAGAGCUCACCUACGGCCCCAAGGACAUUCCAGGGGACAGGACAACCAUUAACCUCUCUGAAGAUGAAAACCAAUAUUCCAUUGGAAACCUGAGGCCACACACAGAGUAUGAAGUGACACUUGUCUCUCGUCGAGGGGACAUGGAAAGUGAUCCUGUGAAAGAGGUGUUUGUCACAGACUUGGAUGCUCCCAGAAACCUGAAGCCAGUGUCCCAGACAGACAACAGCAUAACCCUGGAGUGGAGGAACAGCCACGCCAACGUUGACAACUACAGAAUCAAGUUUGCCCCCAUCUCUGGUGGGGACCACGUGGAGAUCACAGUGCCAAAGGGCAACCAAGCCACAACCAGAGCUACACUCACAGGUUUGAGGCCUGGAACUGAAUAUGGCAUUGGAGUGACAGCAGUGAGGAACAACAGGGAGAGUGCCCCUGCUACCAUCAACGCUGGCACUGAUCUUGAUAACCCCAAGGACUUGGAAGUCAGUGACCCCACUGAAAGCACCCUGUCCCUUCGCUGGAGGAGACCCGUGGCCAAGUUCGAUCGCUACCGCCUCGUUCACACCAGUCCCUCUGGGAAGAGGAGCGAAGUGGAGAUCCCAGUGGACAGCACCUCCUUCAUCCUGAGGGGGCUGGAUGCAGGCACAGAGUACACCAUCAGCCUGGUGGCAGAGAAGGGCAGGCACAAAAGCAAACCCACAACUGUCAAGGGUUCCACUGAGGAGGAACCUGAGCUUGGAAAGCUGUCAGUCUCAAAGGCUGGCUGGGAUGGUUUCCAGCUCACCUGGACAGCCGACGGCGGGCCCUAUGAGAGCUUUGUGAUUGAGGUGCAGGAGUCUGGGAACCCCGAGGAGAGCCGGAAUGUCACAGUCCCGGGGGGACUGCGCUCUGGGAAUGUCACAGGCCUCAGGGCCAGCACACCCUAUAACAUCACACUCCACGGGGUGAUCAGAGGCCACAGGACCACCCCCCUUUCUGUUGAGACCACCACAGGAGAGCACCCCGAAGUCGGUGAGCUCACGGUUUCCGACAUUACUCCCGAAAGCUUCAACCUUUCCUGGACAACCAACGGGGCCUUCGACGCCUUUACUAUUGAAAUUAUUGAUUCUAACAGGUUGCUGGAGCCCAUGGAGUUCAACCUCUCAGGCAAUUCAAGGACUGCUCAUAUCUCAGGGCUUUCUCCCAGCACUGAUUUCAUUGUCUACCUCUCUGGGAUCUCUCGAGGUUUCCGCACACAGGCAAUAAGUGCUGCAGCUACAACAGAAGCAGAACCCGAGGUCGACAACCUGCUGGUUUCGGAUGCCACUCCAGAUGGAUUCCGCCUCUCCUGGACUGCAGAUGACGGGGUUUUCAACAGUUUUGUUCUAAAAAUCAGGGAUACCAGAAGGAAAUCUGACCCUCUGGAGCUGAUAAUCCCAGGCCAUGAGCGCACCCAGGACAUAACAGGGCUCAAGGAGGGUACUGAGUAUGAGAUUGAGCUCUAUGGACUUAGCAGUGGACAACGUUCCCAGCCUGUAAAUGCAGUAGCAACCACAGUCGUGGGGUCUCCCAAGGGAAUUUCUUUCUCUGACAUCACGGAAAACGCUGCCACAGUCAGCUGGACACCCCCCCGCUCCCGCGUGGACAACUUCAGGAUCUCCUUCGUCCCCGUCACGGGAGGGACUCCAAAUGUUGUUACGGUCGAUGGAACCAAGACAAGGACCAAGCUGGUGAAGUUGGUCCCGGGUGUAGAUUACAACGUCAGCAUCAUCUCUGUGAAGGGCUUUGAGGAAAGUGAGCCCAUCUCUGGCAUCCUGAAAACAGCCCUGGACAGCCCCUCAGGCCUGGUAGUGGUGAACAUCACCGACUCUGAGGCUCUGGCAACCUGGCAGCCAGCAAUUGCUGCUGUGGAUAAUUAUGUGGUGUCCUAUGCUUCUGAGGAAGAGCCAGAAGUCACUCAGAUGGUGUCAGGGAACACUGUGGAGUAUGACCUGAAGGGCCUCCAGCCUGCCACCACGUACACGCUGAGCGUCCACGCGCUGAAGGACACGCAGAGGAGCGAGACCCUCUCCACGCAGUUCACCACAGGCCUGGAUGCUCCAAGGGAUUUAAGUGCCACUGAGGUUCAGUCAGAAACAGCUUUGAUGUCUUGGAGGCCUCCACGUGCUCCAGUCACUGGGUAUCUCCUGAUUUACGAGUCCAUUGAUGGCAGAGUCAAGGAAGUCAUCCUAAAUCCUGAGACAACUUCCUACAACCUGGCAGAGCUGAGCCCAUCUACCCAGUUCACCGUGAAACUCCAGGCCUUAAGUGGAUCCCAGAGGAGCAAAACAAUCCAGACUAUUUUCACCACAACUGGGCUGCUCUACCCUUACCCCAAGGACUGCUCCCAGGCCCUCCUGAAUGGAGAAGCCACCUCUGGGCUCUACACAAUUUACGUGAACGGGGACAAGGCUCAGCCUCUGCAGGUCUUCUGCGACAUGGGCGAGGAUGGGGGCGGAUGGAUUGUGUUCCUGAGGCGUCAGAACGGAAAGGAAGAUUUCUACAAGAACUGGAAGACUUACGUGGCAGGUUUUGGAGAUCCCAAGGAUGAAUUCUGGAUAGGUCUGGAGAACCUGCACAAAAUCACUUCUCAGGGGCAGUACGAGCUGCGUGUGGACCUGAGGGAAGGGGAGACAGCCUAUGCUGUCUAUGACAGGUUCAGUGUGGGGGAUGCCAAGAGCAGGUACCGCCUCAGGGUGGAUGGGUACAGUGGCACAGCAGGUGACUCCAUGACCUACCACAAUGGGAGGUCCUUCUCCACCUUUGACAAGGACCACGAUUCUGCCAUCACCAACUGUGCUUUGUCAUACAAAGGUGCUUUCUGGUACAAGAACUGCCACCGGGUCAAUCUGAUGGGCAGAUAUGGGGACAACAACCACAGUCAGGGUGUGAACUGGUUCCACUGGAAGGGCCACGAGUACUCCAUCCAGUUCGCAGAGAUGAAGCUGAGACCCUCCAGCUUCCGAAACCUGGAAGGCCGACGGAAGCGAGCGUAGAGCCCCGGGGAGGGCAGGGGG